UUCUGUUUUCUUCAUAAAACAACUUUCGUAUCAACAACUUAUUUAGUUUUCAUCAUUUUUAUCAGUCUGAAAUCAGAAUUCGCUGGGGAAGGUAGGAAUAGCGUAAAAUGACAAACUCCAGGAUUUUAACUAGCAUCGGAAUUGGAGUUGGUGUAUCAGUAUUAUCAGCUCUAUCCUAUUUCUACUACAAACGCUCAAAAAAAGAAGUCAUUCCAACGAAAUGGAAAAAAGUUGGCAUUAUUGAUAAAUUAUAUUUUAUUCCAAUAAAGUCAUGUGGUCCGAUUGAACUUGAUGAAGCUGUUUGUGAGAAUCUUGGCGUUCGAAAAGAUGAUAUCAAAGAUCGUGCUUUAAUGGUAAUUGAAGAAAAUGGACAAGUAAUUACUGCUCGAACUUAUCCACAAAUGUUCAAAAUAAUUCCCAAAAUUUUAAGUCGCUCUGAAUUGUUGCUUACUGCACCGGGAAUGGAAGAUCUUCGAUUUGAUUAUUCGACUUUAGAUACAAGUUCGAAAACUAGCUAUAUCAAAGGCUUUUUAUAUGGUUUCUACGCUGACGUAUUGGAAUGUGGAGAGGUUUAUAAUAAAUGGUUUUCGGAGUAUAUUUUAGGAAAACCUGAGGGUUUACGUUUAGUUUAUUAUCCACAUGAAAUUGCAACAAGACCAAUUGGUAGAUUCUAUAAAGAAGGCAUUUAUACUAAACAAGAUACUGGUACAUUCCAAGAUAUGUCAAGUUAUCAUCUGAUUAAUAAUGUUUCGGUCGAUGAUUUGAAUACACGUUUAAAUCCAACUGACAAGGUGCCUUUAUUGCAAUUUAGGGCAAAUUUCUAUAUCAAAAACACCGGUCAAGCCUACGAUGAAGACCAUUGGCAAUGGGUUAAAAUUGGUAAUGAAGUUGUCUUUCGUAAUAUUGGACCUUGUUAUCGAUGCAUUGUGCCAAAUGUUAAUCCUUAUACAUCAGAACGUCAUCCUAAUGGUGAACCAUUGAAAACUUUGAAAAAAUAUCGAGUGAUUCCUGGAUCUAAAUUUGAUUCUCCUGGAAUGGGUAUACAGCUAGGUUUGAGAGUUGGCGGUAAUGUGAAACAAGGAGAUAGUGUUUAUGCUCAAAUCAGUUCUUAAUAUUCAAUGCAUUCUUUUUUUUAAAUGAAAAAGCAAUGUGUUCGAAUUUCUUUUUCUUUUUUACAAAAAACUGUAUAAAAGUUCUUGUAAGUAAUCAUCAAAUCGAGAGACUAAGCA